GUUUUAAACAUUUAAAUGGCGUCUUUUUAUUUUAACUUGAGUUUACCCCUGCAGCAGGAGGAGGGUCUAACUAUGGAUUUUGAGCCGAGUAAACCCUCUAUCACUGAAUCUAUCUGCGUGAUGGAGCCGAUCAUCGAAGGUCGGGUUCUCCAGAAGACAGAGUUCAGCCUGGAGAAAGAAAACACUAUGGAUACACCGAAUCCUGGCGGUACAAACCCGAUGGAAUAUGGCGGGAAAAUUUGGAAUCCAGAAGAGAACUCGGAAAAGAUGAACGAUCAAAUAUUUCUGGUUGAUUUGGAGAAAACCGAGGACGGGAAAGGGAUUAAACUUAAACCCCAAGCUCGAAAGUUUACUCUAUCGGGCGUGCUUCAAAGUAACUGGGCUCAAAAUUGGUUUUUCAAGAAUAACGGGGAGGAUGACGAUGCAGUCCAGGAAGGAACGGAUGAUGAAGACGAGCUAGAGAAGAGAAAAGUACUGAAAAAGUAUUCUGGUCAGGAUUCAAAAGAACCCAGUGCCAAGAAAAGCAUAUCUGAAGAAUACUCCCGAGUUACCGGAGACAUUUCGCGGAGAGGAUCGAACUCACUAGUACGAGAAAAUACUCCGGAUCCGACGGAUGAACUAACUUUCAUCGGAAAGUUCAAGAAGGCAAUUAAAGAUCAUCCGAAACCUCUUCGAAACAUGAACACAUGGGAACCACAGAGCUUCUAGUUGAACAUGAACACAUGGGAACCACAGAGCUUCUAGUUGAACAUGAACACAUGGGAACCACAUUGCUUGUAGUGGAACAUGAAUACAUGGGAACCACAUUGCUUCUAGUUCAACAUGAACACAUGGGAACCGCAUUGCUUGUAGUGGAACAUGAAUACAUGGGAACCACAAAGCUUCUCUAGGAACACGAACACAUGGGAACCACAGUGCUUCUAGUGGAACCAUCCACUGUCGUCGAGUGCUUAGUUAAGUGCAAUGUAGAGGAAGGAAGAAAUGCUCAAAAAAACGUUUGUCCUGUUUCAAGUGAAGUAUCAAACUAAAUUACUAUAAGAUAGUGAUAAAAGUGAAACAUAUAUGUAAUGUCGAUAUUAAAAUGAGGAAUUGGUUAAAAGGAUUAUUUUCCUUACAGCCAUGAAUAUAUAUAUUUUAUUACUGAACCGGUCAUCUUGUUCGGUCCUGAGCUAGCAAUCAAUUCAAAUGAAAUAUUCAAUCUUAAAAAAUAUGCUGGACCUAAGAGCAAGGACAGGUUUAAUUUUAUUAUAAUAUUUGCAUUUUGUAUUUUAGUUGUUAGUUAAUUACAACCCGGUCAAUUAGACCAGAAAUUAUGUCGGAGUAGUUGAAUCAGAAUCAUAUUUUUUAAUGAAAUCAAUUUAUUUUUCUAAUCUAUUGGAACAUUGUGGUGAAUAUUAAUUCAUGAGAAUCUCGAGUUCAAUAAAUUGAUAUUUAUCGAUAAAGAAAUA